GUGAGCAGUGAGCUUAACUAAGGAUCAUCACAGACCAUUCCAAAUUAAAAUAAUGAUGGGCGUUGGAUCUCAGCUGAUAAUCAAAGCUGUGAUGAUGAUGAUGAUGAUGAUGAUGAUGAUGGUGCAGAAAAGUGAUGAGUUAAGGUCUACACAUCCAUUACAUGAGGUUGUAGAUUGGAUAAACUACCAAGGUGGUCCCUUCAUUGGACUUGUUUUGGCUUUUCCUGCUGAAGAAACUCCUCUUAUUGCUUCUGGUCUUUUUGUGCCUAAUUCCAUAUAUCCUGUCAUUCAACUAUCCGGAAGGAAAUUCAAGAUUGGAAGAAUGAAAGAUGUAGAUGUAAUCUAUGUGUUGACGGGAGAACAAACAGUAAAUGCAGCUCUUACAGUACAAGUUAUGCUUCAAACCUUUGACAUUAAGGGAAUCGUACAUUAUGGCAUUGCUGGUUGUACUAACACUUCAAUGCAUGUUGGCGAUGUCGCUGUACCAAAUCUAUUUGCAUUUACCUCUUCCUGGAAAUGGCUGGAUUUUGGGUCAUCACAAACGGGCCAAAAAGAAAUAAAAAUUGGGUCCUACAAUCUUCCACAAGCAGGAGAAAAUUUAUUAGAAAGAAUACAAUUCACCCCUGUUCAACUCUUUUCAGAUUGGACGGCAAUGCAAGAGCUUUUUUGGUUUCCAGUUGAUCCUUAUUGGUACAAUCUCGCUACACAAAUCCGGGAAGUAAAGUUGCAACGUUGUGUGAACGAGACUGCUUGUUUGCCUCAUGAGCCACAAGUAGUAUUCGACCUCAGAGGUUCAACAGCCAAUGUGUUUAUGUCAAACUUAGCUUAUGGAAAGUUCCUUCAUCAUGAAUUCAACAUUUCCACGGUAGAUGAAGAGAGUGCUGCAGCCAUACACGUUUCGCGUACAAAUGGAGUGCCAUGUAUCGUGUUUCGUGGUAUCUCGGAUGUCGCUGGUGGAGAGAAACUUUCAUUGGAUGGUCUUAGUUCCUUGGCUGCAACCAAUUCAUUCAGAGUUGCUGCCAAAUUUGUGGAACUCAUAGGCUGCAACAAACCUAAUCUUUGAUCAUUAUUUAGUAUAAGGGAUGGACAGGAGUCGUGGAUCUUAAGGGUCUAAAUUCAACCUGAUCCUAAUUUAAAGUUCUGGAUCCGCCUAUUUUUAGACCCUGUGGAUCCGAGUUGAAUCUGGGUCCAUGACCUCAGAUUGCGGGUCUGCGUUUACACGUUUAGACCCCGAUCCAACCCAUGGACCCAUUUACAUUUUUUUGCAAAAUUAUACAUAAGCUAUCAUGUGUAUUUAAUUGUAUGAUUUGAAACUUUGUUAUAUUCUAGAACAUUACGUGGUUUGAAACUUUG